GCAUCCCCUGUGCGCACAAGUCUUUCGUGCAAUAACAGUGCGGUUCAACAGCCGUUUGUAUGAAUGAACCCUGGUUCCAGAACCGGGAGGCCUUAUAACCAGGCUGGCUGCACCUGAGGUCUUUGAGUCCUGAGUGGGAACAAAAACAAGAAAGACAGCAGCAAGACAUCACGCUGCGAAGAACUCCAGCUAGCUUGCCUCGAUGUCUUCACCUGUCAAUAAGAAAUCUGGUUCUGGGUCUCACAGAUUCAACCCUCUGAAGGCCCUGCAGCCUAAAUGGCGCUUGCAGCAAAUAUUGUCCUCUCCGUCCACACCUGCUCCUUUUGACUACUGCAGGUUUAUAGAGCUAGACUACACCCCCAUGGAGGCAGGCAUUAUGGUCUCUAUGAGGCAGAGCCAAGGAUUUUUGUCACCCAAGUCCCCGGAACGGAAUUGUCGGAAGUGCCCCGCACCGGUUAGCAACCGUGAUCCCUAUGGCAAUGCCUCACUCAGCAGCAGCAGCAACUCAGGAUCCUGCAAGGGCAGUGACUGUAGCCCCACCCACAGGCAUCACACAAAGUACACCUCCUGCACAAAUAACCAUGGUAUCAAGCCCCCUCCCCCUGAGCAGUACUUGACCCCUCUCCAGCAGAAAGAGGUGUGCAUCAGACAUCUGAGGGCACGGCUCAAAGAGACGGUUGAAAGACUACAGGACAGGGACACAGAAGUGGAUGAGCUGCGGACUCAGCUGUCCCGGAUGCAGGAGGACUGGAUUGAGGAAGAGUGCCAUCGUGUGGAGGCCCAGCUUGCACUAAAAGAGGCACGCCAGGAGAUCCAGCAGCUUAAGCAGGUUGUCGAUGUGGUACGCACUAACCUGGGUGAGGCGGACUCUGGUGUGCAGAAAUGUUUCCAGGACAUAAACGUCCAGAACCACAAGCUAGAGAACCUGCUCCAAAGCAUGGAGUUUGCUCAGGUCGGAACAGCCAAGGGGGCCGACGCCCCAUGUGGGGGAGGGGUGGUGGGGGCAGAGCAGUGGGUCAGCGAGAGGCCGGUGAGGUCCUGUGAAGGCUCACCGGCCCGCUCGCUGACCCGCAGCUCUACCUACACCAAGCUGAGUGAACUGGCUGCACCUGAGCGCAACGAGAAUGGCAGUGGAUCGGAUGUGGCAUGCUGCCUGUCAGCUGAGGGUACUCAGGAUAGUGGUUUUGUGUGUUGCGGGGAGAUUGAGGGUGGCGGGGCUACGAGGGCAGACCUGCUUCUGGAGGCUGCGUGCCUGUCCAAUGAGACAGCAUCCCUGUUAGACGCCUGCUCACGUCUGCCUCACUCAGCCACCUAUGAAGCACUGUGCUGCGGUGAAGCGCAGAGGCUUCCACUACGCUACAGUCUGGGCAGGGCAGCUGAAGGAGGGGCGAGCGCAAGUAUCAGCCACCCAUGCCUGUCUCACCACCAUCUGUACCUGCACCACCUACGAGAGCAGGCCAUCCAGACAGAGUACGACCCUGGUCCGGCAUCAGCCCCAGCCCUUGGAAUUAAUUUUGGCUCUGACCUGGACACCAUUGCUGAGGUCCGCACAUUUCGGUCGCAGGCCUGCAGCCCCACUUCCACCUGGUUGUCGGAUGAUGGUGAUGAUCUGGACUCGGUCACCACAGAAUCUGUUGUCAUGGCUACGGCUGCUGGAGAGGGCAUUAUCGCAGAGCCCCUCUUGGCAGCAAGUGCCACUUCUGCUUUUGUGGUGGAAUCUGUUACUGGAGCAUCCAGUGCCAGUGAGUCUGCUUUUAUGGAAAAUGCUUUGGCAGAAUUUGUGGAUGCGCCAUCAACUGCUCUAGAUCCUUCUAAUUCAGAUCCAGCACCAAGCCCUGGAUCUGCCUCUUGUCCCAUGCCAGAGACUGCACUGAUGGAAGACAGUGUAGAGCCCACCCCACAAACUACCCAGCCACAGAGUAAAGACACACAAGUAAUCAAUGGAGUCACAGUUAUAGAAGUACCCGAGGACGAUGAAGAUAACCAGGACCAGGAGGCCACAGCGCCUGUAAAGAGCUACUGGAGCCGCCACUUCUUAGUGGAUCUGCUGGCCGUGGUAAUUCCAGUAGUACCCACGGUAGCCUGGCUGUGCCGGGGCACACGACAAGGUGGUCAGCCCAUGUAUCACUUUGGAGCGUUGCUGCGUGGUUGCUGCACUGUGGCCCUGCACUCCCUGCGUCGGGGAGGAGGUCUACGCCAUUACCCUGCGGGGGGUGGAGGGUCAGGAAGCAUGAAUAUAUGAGGUCAAAUCUUGCACAACAGAAGAGCCCUGGUUUAAUUACCAUUAAUCACAUCUGCACUUAGUCGGUGGGUGGUGAUUAAAAUUUAAAACCAAGUCAGCAUGCAAUGGCAAGGCUGCCAACUUGGGAUCCUGACCGGCAAUUCUUUAAAGCUUAGGAAUAGAUGGUAUCAAGGGAAAGAAUCAUGUAGACUAAUGAAUUAUACUUGAAAUCAUGUCAGAUGUACUGGUUAUAUGAAAUGACGAAUACAACUAACCCGUGAUCCAUCCCCCGACACAGCUGGCUGGACAAGGUGUGUUCCACAAAGCAUCUAAUAGACAUCUCUGGCAAAGACUCUGAGAGUACAAAGAAAGGUGAAGGGACUGACAUUAUUUCUGAUUUCCUGUCUUCCAGUCUCCCAAUGUGUGUCGAGAUGUGCAAGUUUGUGUUGUGUUUAGUGUUUAGUGUAGCCGUACCACCGGAACAACUGAAGACGAUCGUUGCUAUAGUAGCUGUAG